GGUUCAUUGGGGCGGCAAUUUCCGGAGUUCACUGCCGAUGCUUUGAGCCCGGCCACUUCGAUCACCAGGAUGGCGAGCCCAGAUGGGCGGACGAAGUUGGCCAAACUGAAGCCGAAAGGCAGCACAGGUAAACUUUCCAACUCCACGUCAGCAGCGGGCCUGCAGUCCGGCGAGAUCGAUUGGAGGGUUUUUGGCCUGGAUCUUGAGCCUGGGGCCAUUGGUGCGGCCCGAUCACCUGUGCCUCCUCCCCCGAGGCUUGGGAGCGGACCUGGCGGUGUUCCGCAGAAGCGAAGCACGGCUGGCGUGAGGCUGGACAGCCUGGACAAUCCGACCUCAUUCGACUCGGUGGACCUGUCCCAUUUGCGGUCCACUGUGAAGCGAGCGCCUGGCUACCAGGAGCAGCUGCCUCCGCUCCUGACUCUGCUAGAAGAGCGGGGGGUGGACUAUGGCCGUCCCAACGUGGACCGGGACGUGCAGCUGCCGCUGGAGGCCUUCGAGGACACCACGAUGUGGACGCGCACCCCUGAGGAGUGGCAGCAGCUCAUGUGGGACGAGUCCAGGCCUUGCCCCCUGGCCUGCACGGCGCUCCGCACUAUGGAGGAUGGCAGCGGGCGCUGGCAGAGCGGGAGCGCGCUCAGCUGGGAUGCUGCUAGCCAGCGGUACAACGUGAAAUGGGCCAAUGGUCAGGAGGACAAGGUGCUGAGCCUCCACGUAUUUUUCGAGGGGGACGACCCGGUGCUUUUCGCCGACCGCCUGAAACACGCGCUGCAGAACAGAAGAUAUGCCAAUAGUCUUCUGAAGUAUCAUUUCUUUGUGGACAGCAUGCCGGAAGACCGUUCCCGCAAGAUUGGACGCGAGUCUGUGGCACGCAUCUCUGAGCUGGCCAAAGGCAUGCUAUGGGAUGCCAACAGUGAGUUUGCGGACAAACUGAACGGCAAGCUGGAAACCUUGCUGCAGGAGGCGCAGAGGGAGUACAUCCGGGUGCAGAAUUUAAUUACAUUUGAGAAGGUCCGCAAUCACGGGAACCUCACGGUGCUUCCGCCAGAUCUGGUCUUGCCACCGCCGCCGGAGAAGCCUUUGGUGCCGUACCUGGCAGUGAAGGUGUUGCCCUCUUGGGACACCCUGACGAUGGGCGCGGAUCCCCAAGUACCGCGGGGCUUCCGCCAAGCCUUCGAGUGGUUCUGCAAGGCCGCCCUGGUGAUCCGGCCCGAGGUGUGCGCGGCCUUGCAGGUAGCGCGGGGCAUGUGUUUGGACCUCCUCACAGAGAAGGUCUUCGAGACCGCAUUCAACUCCCCCUUGAGGCUGCAGGAGUUUUCCGAGCGCCAGGAGGCAUCGAUCAUGCGCCUGAAAGGGCGCCUGGGGAUGUGGGUGAACACCAUCCGCAUGCGUAUCACGCAGUGCCUGCAACAGGCAACUGUGAAGUGGUAUCACCUCAAUGAGACGUCUAUUGAGAACUACAGGGCGAGCCGUUUGCGACCGAUGUUGGUGUGCUGUGGUUUGAUGAUGUCCAACGCGUUCCUCCUCCUGGCAGAGGACAACCUCACAUCAUUUGUGAAAGUGCUUGAAGGCCUCACACCACUGCGGGUGGAGAUGACGAAAGAUCGGCAUGUGCUCCGAACGCUCAGGAAUAUCGUGAAACCAGAUCCUGACAAGGACGAGAUUGCCUUGGAACCGGUCUUCAAGAAGGCGCUCUUCAAGGUGGAGAUCGUGCUUAACCCUCAACUGGCAGCGAGAGCGGCAGCAGCGGAGGCUGCGGUGGAAGGGGACAAGAAGAAAGAAGAGAAGAAAGGCAAGGAGAAGGGCAAGGAGGAGGAGAAGAAGGUCGAGGGUCCUCCAAUGUUGCACUUUGCAUACAAGACCGACUUGGGAGAAGCAAAACAGGCAGUGCUCACCAUGUUCGACAAGGGAAUGGCAUCCUUCCGUGAUGUGCAUAGCAUCGAAAGUGUUCUGCUGCCCCAUCUCAUUCGCGAUCAUCACCUGGAUCCCAUCUUCACCCCCAACGAUGAAUGGGUGACUCAGCUUCGCGAACGGCUUGAGGAGACCCUGGCCAAGCAGGAGCCAUGGCUGCAAGGGAUCCUCGAGGCCUUCGAGAGUUUCAAGGAUGUCGUGGUCAUGGAUCCGGAGGCUGCUGCAGCCCGGCUUCAGUCAGAGCAGCAGCCUCCCUCUGCAGUGAGGGCCAUGAUCGAGGAGAGGAAGGAGCGAAUUCGGCAGAUCCAAGAGUCCAUCCCCGAUGACAAGGAGUCCAUGACCGUCGGAUUCUAUCGCAUCGAGUCCGGAACCAUCCGAUCUCAGCUGGUUGAAAAGUUGGAGCAGUCAGUGCAGCUGCUGCUGAAGCACUUGGCCGAGGCAUUGGAGGUGAACAUCCACGAGGCCACAGCAGCCUUCGAGGGUAUCUUUGCCAAGCUGCAGACGCAGGUUUCGACCAUCGAAGAGUGCUCGGAUAUGAAGGACUUCCUGAAGUCCAUCCCCAACGAGCUCACCAAGCUGGCGGGCGCCGUGAACGAAGCCAUGCAACUGACCGAUUUGGUCGAAGACUUGCGCUACGAGCUGCCGGCGGAGACGCUGGAAGCGCGCUGGGAGAUGUUUGGGUCCUCCGGACUGGUGAAGUCAAGGGCGGCAAAGUGCUUGGAGUACCUCAACACUCAACAUGACUCUUUCUUGACGUCUCAAGAGACAGAGCAGAAGGAGUUCGAUGCACGACUUGGAAGGUUGGAAGAGGUCAUCGAGGGCUUCUCGCAGUACAAAGACUUGGCGCAAGUGAGAGAGGUUGCCGACAAGGUGCGCGAAACCUCCGAUGAGAUCAAGGCCUGUCAAGAUCUGGUGCGGCUCUUCAACUCGCGCGAGGUGUUGUUCGAUCGGGAUCAGACCGAUUACUCGAACCUUCAGACCAUGAUCAAAACAUUCGAGCCCUACAAUAACCUGUGGAAGACAGCCGGCGAUUGGGUCAGCAACAAGGAGGCCUGGCUGCAAGGGCCCUUCGACGAGAUUGACCCUCGUUACUGCGAGAACGAGGUCACCAACGGCAUUCGCCUGCUGUUCAAGACCAUCCGCGCCCUCAAGGAGAACGAAGAAACCAAGUCCAUCAGCGGCAUUGCGGAGCAAAUCAAGAAUGAACUGGAGGAGUUUAAGCCCAACCUCCCUCUGGUCACUGGCCUUCGCAACGAGGGCAUGCGCCAGCGGCAUUGGGAGCAGAUUUCGGAUAAGUCCAGCGUGCAGGUGGGUCCGGGCAUGGAUGGAGGCUUCACCUUGCAGAGGAUGCUGGACGUUGGUCUCUUGAACUUUGCCAACGAGGUGGCCGAAGUGGGUGACCGAGCAGGAAAAGAGUACGGCCUCGAAAAGACCUUGAACAAAAUGAAGGCUGACUGGGAGCCCUUGUCCUUCGACCUCUCCGAGAAGUACAGGAAGACCGGCACCUACGUGUUGAAGGGCGACGGCGAGGCGAUGGUGCUCCUGGACGAGCAUAUUGUGACCACCCAGGCGAUGAUGUUUUCCACCUUCAAAGGUCCUUUCGAAGAGGACAUCGAUGAGUGGAAUGCACGACUCAUGCGGGUGUCGGAGACCUUGGAAGAAUGGUUGAAAUGCCAGAAGGCAUGGAUGUACUUGCAGCCGAUCUUUGAUUCAGAUGACAUCAUGCGGCAGCUCCCCACGGAAGGCAAGCGCUUCAAACACGUGGACGCCACCUGGCGACAGGAGAUGAUCAACACCAGGGAGAACCCGAAGAUCAUCGACAUUUGCGCCACGGAAGGGCUUCUUGAGAAAUGGCGGGAGUGCAACGUAACACUGGACAUGGUGCAGAAAGGGCUGGAGGACUACUUGGAGACCAAGCGGAAUGGCUUUGCACGCUUCUAUUUCCUCUCCAACGAUGAGCUGUUGGAAAUCCUGUCGCAGACAAAGGAUCCCACCAGAGUUCAGCCGUUCUUGUCCAAAGUGUUCGAGGCCAUGUCAAAAGUCACCUUCACCUCAGACAAUGAGGUUACGCACAUGAUAUCUCCAGAAUCGGAGCAAGUGGAGAUGUCGACCCCAGUGGUGACUCACCAAAAGGCAGUGGAAGUUUGGAUGGGCGACCUCCAAGACGGGAUGUGCAUGGCAAUCCGCAAUGCGCUGGAUCUGGGCAUCGGCUCAUAUCCGACCAUGGACCGCACUGACUGGGUUUUGGCCAACCCCGCGCAGAUCGUGCUGAAUGGGUCCCAGGUGUUCUGGACCUCAGAGGUGGAGGCUGCCUUCGAUGGCAACUUCUUGGGCGACUACGCGAAGAAGCUCUCACAACAAAUUCUGGACUUGAUCAUGCUUCUGCGCAAAGGGGUGAACAAGCUGCAGACAAAGACUAUGAACGCCUUGAUUGUGAUCGAUGUCCAUGCAAAGGAUGUGAUUUGGAAUUUCGUCGAGCAGGAAGUGAAGGAUAAGUCUUCCUUCGAGUGGAUCUCGCAGCUGCGCUACUACUGGGAAAUGGAUGACCGAGGACAGGAGAACAUGUGGGUGAAGUGCGUUCAGACAUCCUUUCCUUAUGGCUAUGAGUACCUGGGAAACUCCAUGCGCCUGGUGAUUACUCCAUUGACCGACAUGUGCUACAUCACCCUGAUGGGCGCCCAGUCUCUCAGCCUUGGCGGCGCGCCGGCCGGGCCAGCAGGCACAGGGAAGACGGAGACCACCAAGGACUUGGCGAAGGCUCUGGCGAAGCAGUGCGUGGUCUUCAACUGUUCACCGGAGAUGGACUACAUCAUGGUGGGGAAGUUCUUCAAAGGCUUGGCAUUCUCUGGUGCCUGGUGCUGCUUUGAUGAGUUCAACCGCAUCAACAUUGAGGUGCUUUCCGUCAUUGCCCAGCAGCUCAUGGUGCUCUUUGGCAGGAAGGCAGAGCUCGCCAGCUACAACGACACGGUUGAGCUGGAGUUUGAAGGGACUCUCAUUGUGAUGAAGCCCACCUUCAAUGUCUUCAUCACCAUGAACCCAGGCUACGCUGGCCGCGCGGAGCUCCCGGACAACUUGGCGGCCCUCUUCCGACCAGUGGCGAUGAUGGUGCCAGACUACGCCCUCAUCGGGGAGAUCAUGUUCUAUGCUUACGGCUUCACAGAGGCAAAGGUCCUGGCAAAGAAGAUGGUGACAACGUUCACGCUCUCAUCUGAGCAGCUAUCCUCACAGUUCCACUACGACUACGGCAUGCGCGCCGUGAAAAGUACCAUUGAGAUGUGCGGAAAGCUGAAGCGGGAGGUGGGUGACCUACCAGAGGACCAGAUCACCUUGCGGGCGCUUCGGGAUGUGAACGUGCCCAAGUUCCUGAAGGAUGACCUGCCUCUGUUCGAGAACAUCAUCUCAGACCUAUUCCCCACCACAGACCGGCCUGUGGUUGAGUACGGCAACCUCACUCCUGUGAUGGAGGCUUGUGGCAAGGAGCAGAACCUCCAGCUCACGGACAACUUUGUUGUGAAGGUGGUGCAGCUCAUUGACACCAUCGGAGUGCGGCACGGGCUCAUGUUGGUGGGGCCAACUGGAGGCGGCAAGACAUGCAACUACCGGCUGCUGCAAGCCACCUCCAUCGCCAUGUGCGAGGCCGGGGACACCAAGUAUCAGAAGGUGCAGACCCACAUCCUGAACCCCAAGGCCAUUACUCAGGCACAGCUGUACGGAGCCUUCGACGAGAUCACACGCGAGUGGUCCGAUGGCGUGGCCAGCGAAUGCGUACGCACAGCUGUGGCCAGCGGCAAGUCAGGAUGUGCUGACAACCAUUGGGUGAUUUUUGAUGGCCCGGUGGAUGCCCUAUGGAUUGAGUCCAUGAACACCGUGCUGGAUGAUAACAAGAAGCUUUGCCUGACCUCUGGCGAAAUCAUCUCGUUGACUCCGCAAAUGAGGAUGGUGUUCGAAGUGGAGGAUCUGUCAGUGGCAUCGCCUGCCACGGUGAGCCGAUGCGGCAUGGUGUACAUGGAGCCUUCUGCUUUGGGCAACGAGCCUUUGGUUCAGUCGUGGGUGGAACGCCUGCCGUCCACCUUCAAGCAGGAGAUGUGUGACAAGCUCAAGGAACUCAUGUUGGCCUACACGUUGCCGAUGAUCCGGAUCGUUCGCAAGCUGACCAAGGAGCCUUCGAUGACUGUGGACAACAACAUUUGUGAGUCGCAUUUCAGGCUGAUGGACUGCUACUUUUCGGAGUACAUCCCCACGGAGGCCAAGACCCCGAGCCCGGAUGAGAUCAACAAGCUGCAGUCGCACUUGGUUCCUUUGUACUUCUUCACCCUAGUGUGGUCUGUCGGUGCUACUUGCGACAACAAGGGCCGGCAGACCUUCAAUGACAAGCUGUGGGAAGCAGUCAAGGAGCAAGGCACCGAGGUCGGCGGAAACAUUGACAACAGCAUGUUCUGGUAUGACUUUGUGUAUGAGACCGAGGGCGAGCGCGAGGGCCAAUGGACUCCAUGGAAGACUUGGGCUCCGAAGUACACGGUGCCACCUCGUUCUGAGUACCAGAACAUCGUGGUGCCGACAGUGGACUCCAUCCGCCUUACGCACACGUUUGCCACGCUGUUGUUGAAGGACAAGCAUGUCAUUGUCGCGGGCGAGACGGGCAGUGGCAAGUCGGUGUACCUGUCGUUGUGGCUGCAGAAGGACGCGCCGGAAUCCAUCAUCCCUCUCUUCAUCAACUUCUCUGCCCAGACCCAUGUGAACCAGCUUCAGGAUCUCCUGGAUUCCAAGUUCGAGAAGCGCCGGCGUGGCGUCUACGGUCCACCAGCGGGCAAGAGGAACGUCAUCUUCAUCGAUGACCUGAAUAUGCCCAAGAAGGAGUAUUAUGGGGCACAGCCACCCAUUGAGCUCAUCCGGCAAUGGAUGGACUACAACGGAUGGUAUAACCGCAAGGAACUGAAGAUGCAGGAGAUCAUCGACAUUGUUCACGUCUCGGCCAUGGGACCUCCUGGUGGCGGCCGCACGGAGAUCUCCGGGCGCCUGAAGAGGCACUACAAUACGGUGGUGGCGGCAGACAUGUCCCGGGAGUCCAUCUUCGGCAUCUUCUCCACGAUCCUGGACUACUUCUUGCAGCAGGGCUUCGAGAGAUCCAUCAUAGACCUCAAGGACAACAUUGUGAACUGCUCCAUCGACAUGUUCGAAGCCGCCGGCACCGACUUGUUGCCGACGCCUUCCAAGAGCCACUACACCUUCAACCUCCGGGACAUUUGGAAGGUCUUCCAAGGGAUUUGCUCCCUGAAGUCCAAGAAGGUCUCCGACCCGUUGGUGGUGAUCCGCUGCUUCUGCCACGAGAACAUCCGGGUCUACGGGGAUCGGCUGACCACGGAGGAGGACCGCACCUGGCUGCGGGGGAAGCUGGAGAACCACCUCAGCGGGCCCUUCGGAGUGAGCCCCGUGCAGAUCUUCGACAAGGACCGGCUGGUGUUUGCGGACUUCAUGAGCUCCUCUGGAGAUCGGUUCUAUGCGGAGGUGGAGAGUUUGGGUGCCAUGAAGACGGUGAUGGAAGGCUUCCUGGAUGACUACAACAACAUGUUCGCCGUGCCCAUGCCGCUGGUGAUGUUCGCUGACGCCUGCGAGCACGUGGCCCGGGUUUGCCGUGUGCUGAGGCAGCCCUCUGGCAAUGCCCUGCUGUUGGGCGUGGGAGGAUCCGGGCGCCAGUCCCUGUCGCGUUUGGCCAGCUUCAUGUCGGAGUACGAAAUCUUCCAGAUUGAUGUGGUUAAGGGCUACGGCAUGACAGAGUUCAAAGAUGACCUGAAGACCUGCUUGAUGAAGUGCGGCAGUGAGCAGAAGCAAACUACGUUCCUCUUCGCGGACACGCAGAUUGUCAACGAGCAAAUGGUGGAGGCCAUCAACAACGUCUUGAACUCCGGAGAUGUCCCCAACCUCUACAAGAACGAGGACAUGGACUCCAUCAUGCAGGCUUGCCGAGCGGCGUGCCAACAGGCUGGCAUCCCGCCGACCAAAGCCAACGUCUUCAGCACCUACCUGGGCCGAGUCAAGGCCAACGUGCACGUGGUCUUGGCGUUCUCUCCGGUGGGCGAUGCUUUCCGCACUCGCCUACGGAUGUUCCCAUCCCUCGUGAACUGCUGCACCAUCGAUUGGUUCGCCGAGUGGCCGGCGGAGGCGCUGUAUAGCGUGGGCAAGCAGCAGAUGACUUUGGAGGAUCUGAAGCUGCCGAACUUGGAGGGCAUUUUGAAGGCGUUUUCUGUGGUGCACCAGUCCGUGGAGAGGGCAGCCAAGAAGACCAUGGAGACUGUGAGGCGGGCGAUUUACAUCACACCCACCUCCUACUUGGAGCUGAUCUCCUCGUUCAAGAAGGUCCUGGCGCUGAGACGGGACAUGGUGGGUACCCUGAAGAAUCGCCUGCAGAAGGGUCUGGACGCUUUGGGUGCCGCCGCCUAUGCCGUGGCCAACAUGCAGACGGAGUUGGAGGCCAAGCAGCCCGUUCUGGAGGAGACCAAGGUGAAGGUGGCUGAGAUGAUGGUGGUCAUUACAGAGGACAAGGCUAAAGCUGCUGUGACGAAGGAGGAGUGCACAGUAGUGGAAACUGAAGCAAAGGAGCAGGCUGCAAAAGCUACAGCCAUCAAAGAGGAUGCAGAGAAGGACUUGAACGAGGCAUUGCCUGCCCUGAACGUGGCCGAAAAGGCCUUGAAGUCUCUGAAGCUUGCCAGCCUUCAGGAGAUCAAAGCGUUGGGCAAGCCGCCGGAUGGUGUUCGCUUGACCCUCGAGGCAGUGUGCGUGAUGUUCCAGGUCAAGCCGAUCAAGAAGGCGGACCCCAACCAGCCUGGCAAGAAGAUCGACGACUACUGGGAGGCCUCACAGAAAGGGCCACUGAGCGAUCCCAAGAAGCUCCUGGACGACUUGUUCGAGUUUGACAAGGACAACAUUGCCGAGCCUGUCAUCAAAAAGAUCCAGGAGUACGUGGACCGCGAGGACUUCGACCCGGCGGCCAUCAAGAAGUCCUCCGUGGCCUGUGAGGCCCUCUGCAUGUGGGUGAGAGCAAUGCACAAGUACCACUUCGUUGCAAAGGCCGUGGAACCCAAGAGGAGGAUGUUGGCGGAUGCGGAAGCCAGCCUGGAGAUCACCAUGACGAAGCUGCGGAACGCGCAAGCCGAGCUCAAGGCCGUGGAAGACAAGCUGGCGCAGCUGGAGGCAGACUACAACGAUGCUGUGGCGAAGCAGGAGCAACUGGCGCACGAAAUGGAGAUGUGUGUGAUCAAGUUGGGCAACGCCAACAAGCUCAUCGACGGCCUGGGCGGCGAGAAGGAGCGGUGGGCCGCCACGGUGGACAACUUGGCGGUGGAGUACGACCUCCUUCCGGGGGAUUCUCUCAUUGCCGCAGGCAUGGUGGGCUACGCCGGCGCUUUCGCCGGGGAGUUCCGCAGUGAUUUCGAGAAGCUCUGGCUGGCCACGGAGGACCAAGAGAACAUCACGCACAAAGCGGGGGCCAGCUUGGUGACCGUGCUGGGCCAACCUGUGGUUAUCCAACAGUGGGCCGUAUGUGGUCUUCCGAAUGACAACCUGUCCGUGGAAAACGGCAUCAUCAUUGCCACUGCGAGGCGUUGGCCCUUGAUGAUCGACCCCCAGCGCCAGGCGAACAAGUACAUCAAGCUGUAUGGCAAGGUUGCCAGCGAGCAGGGAAUGGGCACCUGCAAGCUGUCUGACCCGAAUCUCCUGCAGACAGUGGAGCUGGGCAUCCAGUUUGGCAAGUGGAUCUUGCUGGAGAACAUCGGCGAGCAGCUGGACCCUGCAUUGGAGCCCGUGCUGCAGCAGCAGAAGAUCCGAGAUGGCACCUCCUUUGCCAUCAAGCUGGGUGAUAAGAAUGUGGCCUACGAUGACAAAUUCCGCUUCUUCAUAACCACGACCCUGUCAAACCCUCACUACUCGCCAGAGACUUCGGUGAAGGUGACUUUGCUGAACUUCGCCAUCACUCCAGAGGGCCUGCAGGACCAGAUGUUGGGCAUCGUGGUUGCGAAGGAGCAGCCUGAGAUGGAAGAGAAGAAGCAGGAGCUUGUUAAAAACAGUGCAGCCAUGAACAAGCAGCUCAAGGACAUUGAAGAUGAGAUCUUGCGAUUACUAUCCGCAGACGGCGACAUCCUGGAAAGCAAGGAGUUGAUCGACACUUUGGAGUACUCGAAGAAAACGUCCGCCGUGAUCAACAAGGCAAUGGAGGAAGCCAAGGUCACGGAAUUGGAGAUCGACGAAGUUCGCAGGUCUUACAAGGACUACGCCUUCAGGUCGCAGCUGCUCUUCUUCGCGGUGAGUGAGAUGAGCAUCAUCGACCCCAUGUAUCAGUUCAGCCUGCAGUGGUUCCAGCAAUUGGCCGGCUUGGGCAUUGACAAUGCGCCCUCCGGCGACACACCGUCUCAGCGGCUCGAGAAUCUCAUCAGCUACUUCACCUACUCUAUCUAUCAGAGUGUUUGCCGUGGACUCUUCGAGAAACACAAGCUGCUCUUCUCCUUCUCGCUCUGCAUGAAGAUCAUGAACGGCGAGGGCCGGCUGAAUGCCAGCGAGGCGCGCUUCCUGAUGGCUGGGCCGACUGGCGAGGUCAAGGGCGGUCCGACGAACCCGGGGGAGCAGUGGCUGAGCGGGAAGAGCUGGAACGAGGUUCUGACGCUGGCACAAAUGCCAGCCUUCAAGGGCUUCGAUGCCUUCUUCGCAUCGAAUGUCAAGGGCUUCCAGCGGAUCUAUGACGCGCCAGAGGCCGACAAGGAGCCUGUGCCUGGCGAAUGGGAGACCAAGAUGACUCCGUUCCAAAGGUUGUGCUUCCUGCGAACCAUCAGGCCUGACAGGAUCCAGACCUCGGUGCUUGACUUCGUGACUCUGGAAAUGGGUGCCAAGUUUGUGGAGCCGCCGGUUUUCGACAUUGCGGUGUCCUACGAGGACUCCACGAAGAUGUCCCCGCUGAUCUUCGUGCUGAGCGCGGGCAGCGACCCGGUGGCGGACAUGUUGGCCUUCGCGGAGGCCAGCGGCAUGGGCGCCAAGCUGGAGAGCAUCUCCCUGGGCCAGGGCCAAGGACCCAAGGCGGCCAAGAUGAUCGAGAAGGCCCGGGAGAGCGGGGGCUGGGUGCUCCUUUGCAACUGCCACCUCUCCAUCUCCUGGCUCCCCGAGCUCGAGCGGAUCUGUGAGCAGAUGAACCCGGAAGACACGGACAACAACUACCGACUUUGGCUGACCUCCAUGCCCACCCAGCAGUUCCCGGCCUUGCUGCUGCAGAACGGGGUGAAGAUGACCAACGAGCCCCCAAAGGGCUUGCGCGCCAACGUGCUGGGGUCCAUGAUGAAGUGCGACGACCGGAUGCUCUCGGACUGCGAGAAGCCGGAGGCCUACGCGCGCCUGGUCUUUGGCUUCUGCUUCUUCCACGCGGUGUGCCAGGACCGGCGGAAGUUUGGGCCCAUUGGAUGGAACAUCCCGUACAAUUUCACGCCCGAAGAUCUGACUACAAACCGACGGCAGCUAAAGUACUUCCUGGAUAAGUUUGAUAGCAUUCCGUACACAGUGCUCCAAUUCCUUGGCUCGCGCAUCAACUACGGCGGCCGAGUGACCGACAAGAAGGACAAGGUCUUGAUUGACUGCCUCAUCAAGAUUUUCGUCUGUGAAGAAGUGGUGGCGAAAGGUCCUGACUACAAGUUCUCUGCCGGAGGGCUGUUUUACUGCCCUGCAGCAUCAUCUCAGGACGAGUUCUUGGCGUACUUGCGUGGUCUCCCCAUCAUGACGCCUCCAGAGGUCUUUGGCUUGCAUGAGAACUGCGAGAUCACUUGUGCAGAGGCAGAGUCGAUGGCCAUGCUGGGAGACGUCAUGGCGCUGAAUGCAGGGGGGUCAUCCAGCUCCGGCGGCGGCAAGUCUGCGGAUGAGGUGAUGGAUGAGCUGGCGGCGGAACUGGAGAAGCAAACGCCAGAUCCAUGGGACCUGGAUCUGUGGGAGGAGCGGUUCCCAACAAAGUACGAAGAGUCCCGCAACACCGUGGUGAAGCAGGAGGCUGCGAAGUACAACAAGCUGCUGCACCUGUUGAAGGUUCAGCUGCCGCUCUUCCGGCGUGCGGUCAAGGGCUUCGUGGUCAUGACGGAUGAGCUGGAGUCCAUCGGGAAGGGCCUCUUCAUGAACACCGUCCCUGAAGGCUGGGCUGGGGUUGGCUUCCUGUCGCUCAAGCCGCUCACAUCCUGGUACAAGGACUUGAACGACCGCAUCGACUUCUUUAACAAGUGGUACAAUGCAGGCCACCCCAUCUCCUUCUGGCUCCCAGGCCUGUUCUUCCCGCAGGCCUUCCUCACUGCUGUGAUGCAGAACUUUGCGCGGGCACACAAGUACCCCAUCGAUCGCAUCGAUUUCGACAUCGAGGUGCGAGACGACUGCAAGAUCGAUGGAAGUGAUCUGGCGGAGCAUCCGGAGGCCGGAUCUUACAUGUAUGGCUUGUUCCUGGAGGGCUGCAGAUGGGAUGCCAAGAUCCACGCCUUGGGCCCCUCGCUGCCCAAGGUGCUCUUUACUCAGGUUCCGGUGGUGCACUUUAUCCCCACGCUGGACUUCAAGGGCAAGCCUGGGGUGUAUCCUUGCCCGGUGUACAAGGUCCUCAGCAGGAAGGGCACGCUGUCCACCACGGGCCACAGUACCAACUUCGUGCGCGACAUGAUCUUGCCGACCGUGAACAAUCCAGAUGUCUGGAUCCGUGCUGGGGUGGCCGCCUUCCUGACCCUGAAGUACUGAUCCUGUUCCGUCAGAGCGAUUCAGUGGCCUUGCUUCAGCAGCCAACAUGCAACCGACCCCAAAAGCUGAGAAGUGGCCAAAUGCAAGGCCGGAGCUCAAAGGCAAGCCCGCGAUCGCGGCCUUGUCAGAAUGUGAGUGCAUGGUUUCAGCCCCUCCUGGCACCAGGAGGUAGAACAUGCUGGUGCCGACAGAUGUCAGAGGCCAUAGGUGCACGAAUCAUUUUCUCGCGCUUCGUUUAAGCUGCCCUGCGUUGCAUCGACACCAGUGGAAGCCCCCCAAGAAAAUGUGAACAAGUCUCACAGCUUCCAUCAAAGAAUGGCCUCGUCUCACUCAGAUCG